AUGGCGCGAAACUCGGAAAAAGCGCAGUCGAUGCUCUUCCGCUUCCGCGAGGCCCAGGCCGCCGACUUGGGCAUCAUCGACGCCGGCCGCGCCCGGCGCCCCAAGCUCAUCACCGAGGUCGAGUCGGUGCCCGUGUGCGAGAAGUGGCGCGGCCAGGUGCUCAAGGACAUCUCGCGCAAGGUGUCGCGCAUCCACGACCCCGUCCUCAGCGACUACCAGAUCCGCGACCUCAACGACGACAUCAACAAGCUCAUGCGGGAGAAGCACAUGUGGGAGGUGCAGAUCCGCAACCUGGGCGGGCCCAACUACAUGCGCGCGGGGGCCAGGCUGUACGACGAGCAGGGGCGGGAGGUGCCCGGCCGCGGCAAGGGCUACAAGUACUUUGGGCGGGCCAAGGAGCUGCCGGGCGUGAGGGAGCUGUUUGAGGCGGCCAAGGCGAAGAGCCAGCGGCGGGAGGGAGCGGCGGCGGCGGCGGCGGCGGCGGCCGAUGAGGGCAGGGAGGCGCGGCGGAUCGUGGACGCGGCCUACUACGGGUUCGCGCCGGGGGAGGAGGACGAGGCGAUGCUGGCGUACGAGGCGGACAAGGAGAGGCUGGCGGCGGAGAAUCUGGCCAGGAACGGGCCGCAGGGGGUGCCGGAGGGGUGGGAGGCGCUGCCGGGGGAUGCGGACGGCGAGGGGGGGUGGCGGCUGCCGACGAUGGAGGAGGUGCAGCUGGAGCUGGUGGAGAGGAGGAAGAGGAAGCUGCUGGAGCAGCUGUGA